AUGCCUAUUAAGGAAGGCCUCAACGACCUCAUGCAAUGCACCCACGUCAUUGAGGAGUGGAUGGACCAGGCAACAAUACGGUCCGAUGCUCAUGAGCAAGCUAUUGAAGAUCUCCGAAACCUAGUGCGCCAACUGGUAGAGGCACAAGAUGAUUUAAACAACAGAUCACAAUGCAACAACAUUAGGCUACGUGGCAUACCUGAAUUCAUCAAAAUGGACACUCUAGCCUCCACUCUCCGCGAAAUGUUCUGCGGCCUACUCCCAGAGGGCCCACAUGCGGAACUCCGCCUAAACCGAGCCAACAGGGCACUAUGGGCCCCAUCCACAAACAUAACUCAGCCACAGGAA